ACAGUAGAAGGGCACGAAGAGAACGAAUACAAGGGUGCCCGGUAAACCAAGGACUUGCUACUUUGUCGUUUGAAAAUGCUGUCUAGGCUUGUUCUCGUUUCAGCCAAUGCUGCAAAAAACAGCAGUCCCCUGGGCGCUGGGCUAGUCCAGCUGUCCCGCCUCCACACAUCCCCCAACAGUCAGGCGCCAGUACCCCCUCUGCCAGAGAAAGGAGGCAAGACACGCCAUGGCAUCUUCCCAGAGGAGCUCUUUCAACUCCUGUACCCGAAGACUGGAGUCACAGGCCCCUACAUGCUCGGUGCCGGACUGCUCACCUACUUCCUUUCUAAGGAGAUCUACAUCAUCAACCACGAGACCAUCUCCGCCGCCUGCAUGGCCACGGUCAUAAUCUACUCCGUCAAGAGGUUUGGCCCGGACGUCGCCGCCUUCGCUGACAAACUGAACGAGGAGAAAUUGCAGAAGGCAGAGGAGGUUAAGGCCCUGGCUGUGGCCAGUCUAGCUCAGGCCAUCGAGGAUGAGAAGAAGGAGCAGUGGAGGGUCGAGGGACGACACUUGCUGUUUGACGCGAAGAGGAACAACGUGGCCAUGCUGCUGGAGACCAACUGGAGGGAGCGUGUCCACACGGUGCACAACGAGGUGAAGAAGAGGCUGGACUACCAGAUCGCCCUGCAGUCGUUGCACCGUCGCAUGGAGCAGGAGCACAUGGUCAGCUGGGUGGAGAAGAACGUAGUCUCCAGCAUCACCCCUCAGCAGGAGAAGACCAGUAUCGCCAAGUGCAUCACAGACCUGAAGUCGCUUGCUAAAAUCCAGCAGGCAAAGGCCACUGUGUAAUGCUCUACGGUUCAAGUCUAAAACCUCUAUCCUGAAGCCCAGCUUACCGAUGCCCACCUUUCAUCACAAAUAAACGAUUUGCUC